AUGCUGUCCCAUGAUAUGACGCAAACCACAGACAACAGAGGCCCGGACUCUGAAGCAUCCACCAGUGCAGGACAGAAUCCGUCUAGCCACUCUUUCGGGUCUAGCCAUGAGGGCAAAGAGAAGAAUCUCUCCCCAAGUCAGGACACUCCAAGCGAUCAACCUCGACGUCCCUCAUUUCUUGAACGUGAAAGCACCAUCAUUGACGAAGCCGAUCGUAUUGAGCUGGUUAGAAUUGCCGCGGCACUUUCUCGUCAUCCGUCUACCGUCGAAGGCGAACGUGACAGCGCCCAAAUCCUUACACCAUCGAGUCACGAUGUACCAGCGCUUGAUCCUUCGAGCGACCAGUUCGACUUAUACCAAUGGCUCAAGACCUUUGUUAAGACUCUCGGUGAACAAGGCAUUACGGCCAAGAAGACUGGCGUAGUCUGGAAAAACCUUCACGUGUCCGGCUCUGGGUCAGCCUUACAAGUCCAGGAUACUGUUGCAUCCUACUUGAUGGCACCUCUUCGCCUAGGCGAGCUGUUCAGUAUUUUCAAGAAACAACCAAAGCGUAUCUUGCGAAACUUCGACGGACUCAUCGAGAGUGGAGAACUCUUGGUUGUGCUUGGUAGACCUGGGUCAGGAUGUAGUACCUUGCUCAAGACAAUUUGUGGCAAAUUGCAAGGCAUAGAUAUCGACAAGGAUUCAACGAUCCAUUACAGUGGCAUCCCCUUAAGUAUUAUGAGGAAAGAAUUCAUGGGAGAGGCAGUCUACAACCAGGAGGUCGACAGACACUUCCCACACCUCACGGUAUCCCAGACUUUACAAUUUGCCGCAUCUGUUCGAACACCAUCUCAUCGCCUUGGCGGUAUGUCGCGCAAGGAAUUCUGUGGAUAUAUCUCCAAGGUCGUCAUGGCUGCCUACGGCCUCACGCAUGUGGCCAAUACUAAAGUGGGAAACGACUUUAUUCGUGGUGUUUCUGGAGGUGAAAGAAAGCGUGUCAGUAUCUCUGAGAUGACUCUGUCUGGCUCCCCUCUUGCUGCAUGGGACAACAGCACACGAGGUCUUGAUUCUGCAACUGCUCUCAAGUUUGUCCAAGGCCUGCGCAUGGCUGCUGAUCUUGGUGGUACGACCACUGCUGUUGCCAUUUAUCAGGCCAGUCAGGCCAUAUAUGAUCUCUUCGAUAAGGCCAUGGUAUUAUACGAAGGCCGUCAGAUUUACUUUGGUCCUGCAAACAAAGCAAAAGAAUUCUUCCAGCAGCAAGGAUGGGAUUGCCCUAAACGACAAACCACCGGUGAUUUUCUCACUUCCAUUACAAACCCGAUUGAGCGAAAAGCUCUCCCUGGUAUGGAACAGAAGGUCCCUCGUACGCCGGAAGAAUUUGAGAAGUAUUGGAAACAAUCUCCUGACUUCGAGCUUCUGCAAAGUCAGAUUGAUGAAUACGAGAAACAGUACAUCAUCGAAAGACCUGGCGAAAGUAUCCUGGAGAUGCGCGAGCAGAAGCAUCUCCGCCAGUCCAAGCAUGUCAGGCCGUCUUCACCUUUCACUCUGAACUUUGUGAUGCAAGUAAAGCUCUGCACUAUCCGCGCCUACCAAAAUAUCUGGAAUGACAUCUCGGCAACUGCCACGCAAUGUAUCGUAUUAGUUAUCAUGGCGCUGAUUAUUGGCUCUAUCUUCUAUGGUACUCCUGAUGCCACUGCUGGCUUUUAUGCUAAGGGUUCAGUUCUAUUCAUGUCCGUCCUUCUCAAUGCCCUAAUUGCUAUUGCAGAAAUUCCCGGACUGUAUCGGCAACGAGAAAUUGUUACUAAACAAGCGUCUUAUGCCUUUUACCAUCCUGCUGCCGAGGCUGCUGCUGGAAUAGUCGCCAUCGUCCCGAUUAAAUUCCUCACCGCCGUCCUUUUCAACAUUGUCCUUUACUUCCUUUCUGGCCUUCGACGCGAGGCGGGAAGUUUCUUUCUCUAUUUUCUUAUCUCCUACAUGUCAACUUUCAUCUUCGUUGCCUACUUCCGUACAAUAGCAGCAAUUUCCCAGACUGUUUCGCAAGCGAUGGCCGUUGCGGGGGUAGCUGUCCUUCUUCUGGUUGUCUACGCUGGCUUCACUAUCACCGUGCCUGAAAUGAAGGUGUGGUUCUCAUGGCUCCGCUGGAUCAAUCCGAUCUACUACGCUUUCGAAAUCUUGAUUGCCAAUGAAUUUCAUGGGAAGGACUUUACCUGUUCAAGUAUAUUUCCCCCAUACUCGCCUAAUGUUGGGGAUUCUUGGAUAUGCGCAAUUUCUGGUGCUAUCCCCGGUGAAAGGACUGUUAGUGGCGAUCGGUUUAUUGCUGCUAAUUAUGAGUAUUACUGGUCUCACGCGUGGCGGAACUUUGGUAUUCUUAUCGCCUUUCAGGUCUUUUUCCUCAUUAUGUAUCUAGCCGCAACAGAACUCACGUCAUCUGCAACGAGCACUGCAGAAGCCCUUGUUUUCCAGAAGGGGCGUAUUCCCCAAAGCGUCCUUCGAAGUCUGUCCACAGUCCCCGACAACGAACAGGUCGCCGGGCCUCAUGAAGACAAGCAGCACUCAGAGAGCCAAGAUGUCGGAGCCAUCGAGCCUCAAAAAGAAAUCUUUACUUGGAGGGGGGUCACAUACGAUAUCCCAGUCAAGGACGGACACCGUCGCUUGUUAGAUGGUGUUGCCGGAUGGGUCAAGCCCGGUACUCUAACGGCACUCAUGGGUGUCAGUGGUGCUGGGAAGACAACCCUACUUGAUGUUCUUGCCCAACGAACGUCUAUUGGUGUUAUCACAGGCGAUAUGCUCGUUAACGGUAGAUCCAUUGAUGCAAGCUUUCAACGCAAGACCGGAUAUGUACAGCAACAAGAUCUGCACUUACACACUGCCACUGUUCGAGAGAGCCUCCGGUUCAGUGCCGUCCUAAGGCGGCCUAGGUCUAUCAGUAAGAAAGAAAAAUACUCUUUUGUCGAAGAGGUCAUCAAGAUGCUUGGGAUGCAAGAGUACGCAGACGCCGUGGUUGGAGUACCUGGAGAAGGAUUAAACGUCGAACAACGCAAGCUCCUUACAAUUGGGGUUGAGCUAGCUGCAAAGCCGAAGCUUUUACUGUUUCUCGACGAACCAACCAGUGGUCUUGACUCACAGAGCUCCUGGGCCAUUUGCACCUUUUUGCGAAAGCUUGCUAAUGCAGGCCAAGCUGUUCUGUGCACAGUUCAUCAACCAAGUGCUAUCCUCUUUGAACAGUUUGAUAAGCUUUUGUUCCUCGCCAAGGGUGGUAAGACGGUAUAUUUCGGUGAAAUUGGACCGGAUUCUAGAACCCUUUUGAACUAUUUCGAAUCUCACGGGACUCAGCGUUGCGAAACGGGAGAAAACCCAGCAGAAUACAUCCUGAACGUUGUGAGCAAGACUUCCAAUGAUUGUGGGGAGGACUGGCACGAUGUUUGGAAAGGAAGCGCUGAGUACCAGGCAGUCGAGUUGGAGAUCGACAGAAUUCAUAUCGAGAGGCACAAUGAACAUGCUACCGAUGAAGAUGACCCGGAUUCUCUUUCUGAAUUCGCAAUGCCUUUUGGUUCACAGCUAAUGGCCGUCACAUACCGCGUGUUCCAACAAUACUGGAGAAUGCCCAACUACGUUUUUGCGAAGUUCAUCCUAGGCAUUUCAGCCGGUCUCUUCAUUGGGUUUUCCUUUUAUCGGCCAGCAGAGUCUCAAGCAGGAAUGCAGAAUGUCAUCUUCUCUGUCUUCCUCUUGACUGUCAUCUUCGCAACGCUUGUCGAACAGAUUCAGCCACACUUUAUCACACAACGAGACCUUUACGAGGUUAGAGAGCGGCCCAGCAAGGCCUAUUCUUGGCAAGCAUUCAUGCUUGCCAACAUCAUCGUCGAAAUUCCGUAUCAGAUCAUCACUAGCAUCUUGAUCUGGGCCUGCUUCAACUAUGCUGUGAUUGGCAUUCAAAGCAGUGACCGCCAAGUCCUCGUUCUCCUCUUUGUUAUCCAUCUCUUCCUAUACGCUAGUUCGUUUGCACAAAUGACAAUAGCAGCCCUGCCUGAUGCUGAGACUGCGGCAAGUAUUGUAACCAUCUUGGCUAUGAUGAGUAUCAUCUUCAGCGGUGUCUUGCAAACUCCAGAUGCUCUCCCUGGGUUUUGGAUCUUCAUGUAUCGUGUUUCGCCAUUCACAUACUGGAUUGGUGGUAUUGUAGCAACCAUGCUACAUGAUCGCCCCGUGGUUUGUUCCUCUGCAGAAACAGCUACGUUCAAUCCUCCGUCAGGCCUUACAUGUCAAGAAUAUCUCGAGCCCCUCUUAUCAAGGGCGCCGGGUCUACUGCAAAACCCACAAGCCACCGAAGCUUGUCGAUAUUGCGCCUUCCGUGUUGCAGACCAGUAUUUAUCUACCUCUAAGAUUCUCUGGUCUGAGAGGUGGAGGAACUAUGGCAUUGUUUGGGCCUUUAUCGGGUUUAACAUGUUUAUUGCGGUAAUGAGCUACUAUUUGUUCAGGGUAAGAAAGUGGUCUAGGUAA